GUCGGCAGUGGACGGUGAGGCCCAGGAGGAGGGGGCCGAGUGCAGGCAGCUGAGGGGGGGCAGCCCGCACCAGACUGGGGACAUGAACCUCUGCUGGAACGAGAUCAAACGCAAGUCGCACAACAUCCGGGUGCGUAUAGAGGCCAUCUCGGACAACAGUGGGAAGCUGCAGCUCUCCCUGCAGGAGAUCAUCGAAUGGCUGACAGCAAAGGACGAGGAGCUGUCGGAGCACCUGCCCAUAGGAGGCGACGUGGGGGCCGUGCAGCACCAGAGGGAAUUCCACCAGGCUUUCAUGGAGGAUGUCAAGUCUCGAGGGCCAUUCAUCUACUCAGUUUUGGAGUCCGCCCAGUCCUUCUUGGCUCAGCAUCCCUUCCAGGAACCGGAGGAGACCCUGGCAGAAAGCAAAGAGGUCUCGCCUCGUCGGCGGAUUCUGAAUGUAAGCCGAUCGGUGUGGAAGCAGGCUAACGUGGCAAGCGACCUGUGGGAGAAGCUGACGGCACGCUGUGUGGACCGACACAGACACAUGGAAAGGACGUUGGAGCGUCUCCUCCAAAUCCAGGCGGUGAUGGAGGAACUGGCGGUGGCCCUUGAGCAGGCCGAAGGCGUGAGAGACGCAUGGGAGCCCGUGGGAGACCUCUUCAUCGACUCUCUGCAGGACCACAUAGAUGCCACAAAGCUUUUCAAGCAAGAACUGACCCAGGUGAAGGAGGGAAUGAAGCACAUCAAUGACCUGGCCCACCAGUUGGCCAUUUCCGACGUCCAUUUGUCUAUGGAGAAUGCUCGCGCCCUGGAGCACCUCAAUAACAGAUGGAAAUUGCUUCAGGGUUCCAUUGAGGAGAGACUAAAGCAACUCCAGGACGCGCAUCGAGACUUUGGCCCUGGAUCGCAGCACUUCCUUUCAAGUUCUGUGCAGAUACCAUGGGAGCGUGCCAUCUCACCGAACAAAGUGCCAUAUUACAUCAACCAUCAGGCACAGACUACAUGCUGGGACCACCCAAAGAUGACAGAACUCUACCAAGUGCUUGCGGAUCUGAAUAACAUCAAGUUCUCGGCGUACAGAACGGCCAUGAAGCUGCGGCGGGUUCAGAAGGCUCUCAGAUUGGAUUUAGUGGCGUUGAACAACCUCGCCGAGGUGUUCCGGGAUCAGGAGCUCCAUCAAGCGGAGCACGUGAUGGACGUGGUGGAGGUCAUCCACGGCCUGACGGCGCUCUAUGAGAAGCUGGAGGAGGAGAGGACCGUUCUGGUCAACAUUCCGCUCUGCGUGGACAUGUGUCUCAACUGGUUGCUCAACAUCUACGACAGCGCUCGCAACGGCAAGAUGCGUGUGCUGAGCUUCAAGAUGGGCCUGGUGAGCUUGUGCAACGCCGACGUCCAGGAGAAAUACAAAUAUUUAUUCCGCCAAGUGUCCGGCAACGGAGGCUUAACGGACCAGCGUCACCUCAGCCUGCUGCUCCACGAGGCCAUCCAAAUCCCGCGCCAGCUGGGCGAAGUGGCCGCUUUCGGGGGCAGCAACGUGGAGCCCAGCGUCCGCAGCUGCUUCCGCAUGGCCUCAGGCAAACCAGCCAUCGAGGUGUCUCAUUUCCUGGAGUGGAUGAGCCUGGAACCCCAGUCCUUGGUUUGGCUGCCUGUACUCCACCGGGUGACCGCGGCCGAGUCCACCAAGCACCAGGCCAAAUGUUACAUCUGCAAACAAUGUCCCAUCAAAGGCUUCAGGUAUCGCAGUUUAAAGCAGUUCAACGUGGACAUCUGCCAGACGUGUUUUCUAACCGGACGCACUACCAAGGGCAAGAAGCUGCACUACCCCAUCAUGGAGUACUACACCCCAACCACUUCGGGAGAGAAGAUGAGGGACUUCGCCAAGACUCUGAAAAAUAAGUUCAGAUCAAAGCAGUACUUCACCAAGCACCCUCAGAGAGGUUACCUGCCCGUUCAGUCUGUGCUGGAGGCUGACAGCUCAGAGACGUGA